ACUACCACGUGACCUAAUGUACAUCCGGUGUAAACAAGCAUGGCCUUCAUGGAAUUGUGGUUAGAAAAACUCUUGGAAAAAUGGAUGCUUGACAGAAAUCUAGACUGUGAAAAUAUUAAAGUGUGUCGCAAAAGAAAAGAUUUGAGGCAUGGUGACUUUGUAGUUCCAAGGGGAGUUCUGAAAAUCGAUUCUAAUAUAAUAGAAAGGUCUGACCUGGAAGCAAAAGUACAAGAAGCAACUGCACAUGGGACACUUCCUAUCGGUAGAGUGAGCUGUGAUAAUCACAAUGCAGUUAUUUUCUUUGUUAAUCGGACAAAAGCCUUUAAAAAUAUCAUUGAAGAAGUUAUUUCUUCUGGUGACAAAUAUGGCCAUAGGAAUGAGAGGAAUCAGAGUGUCAUUGUGAACCCUGUUGAUUUGAAUAUCCAUGACAUUGCUUCUAAUGACCAUGUGUUGGUGUCAACAACUCAACUACGAGCUGCCAUACUCCUGAAGCAUGUGCUGCCAUUGCUGGCAGCAAAUGGGUACACAACUGAGGUUUCAAAGAUUUCAAGCACCAGCAAGGUUGUUGAGUUGCUGAACACUUUAAGGGUGAAGGUAUCAGAGCAGGUAGUCCCCUUAACUGAGCAGGAUUGGGAGCCUCUCUUUGAAGAAGCAAAGGCCAGCAAGUGGAGAGAAACAUUGGAGACUGCCAAAUGCUUAAAUGACUUAGAGGAAGUGAAUCCAGAGGCUUCUGUUGUCCUCAAGUCAGUGGAGCCUAUCAUACUGAACAUCAGAAAUGUCAUUGAUGAUGAACAUCUGCCGACUGGAAGGCAUGGUUAUGAUAAAAAUCUGCAUCUUGUUGAGGUUAUUCAAGGCAGCGGAGCAGCAUCAGUGGCGCUGAUGGAAGCAGCAUUUAUCAACAGACUUGUUCCUCGCAGUGAUGAUAAGGGAGAUGAAGUGGUGAGCCCAGCAAUAAACUGCAUACAUCUGGUGUCACAACCACUGGCAUUUUCACAACAACAGGCUGACCUCUUGCUCAGAGCAUGUUCCCCUUCUUCUUGGUGCUUACAACAAAGGCAUUUGGUGUUCGGGACGGUUGGCAGUAGAAAAUCCUCUACUGUUGUGAUCGCAGAUGCAGAAGAGUUUUACAAUUUGCGAUAUAAUCAGAUGACACAAGCAGCCAUGAUGAAAUAUGGAGAUCAUGAACAAGGGCCUGGAUGGCAGGAUAUGAUUGAUGGCUUGACAGCAGCCAGUGUCACUUUUGAAAUGUUGACUACUGUGUGCGGCAGGCCUGUUCUUCUUGAUUUAGCAGAAGAUGACUUGGAAAAAGGAAUUGACAAUCGCAGUGGGCCUUUUGUGCUGUACAACUGUGCUCGCUUAGCAACUCUCCUCCAGUCAUUUCAAGACCGAGUAGCACAAGGGGUCUACCCAGAGCUUCCAGAUGCCAGUAAAAUAGAUUUUUCACUGCUACGAGAAGAGGAAGAAUGGUCAAUAGCCUUCCUGUAUCUGAAUGCCUUCCCACAGCUGGUACAGGAUGCAGGGAGCAACUGGCAAGAGAAUGAGGGAAUAUGUGUUAACUUGUCUACACAUAAGGUUGUACAUUUUCUGCUCAGUUUUUCCAAGACUUUGAGCAGCUAUUAUAGCCGCUACCAUAUACUAGGGGGUUCCGAGGACCACUUGCUGCCCCUGAUGUUCGCACGUCUUAGCCUGAUAAGGGCAGCACACCAGGUCCUGUGCAAUGGGUUGCGUCUGCUAGGCUUGCAACCUUUCUCUCAGCUUUAGGUCUCUAAGCGUAGAGCCUGCCUGGAGUGUUUUUGCUCCUUGACCGAGAGUUGUUAAAUAUAUUACUUUGAGUUUGAGCUUAAAAA